AUGCCUUUCUCACAUCACAGCCAUUCUGGACAGUUCUGUCCCGGGCAUGCGAAAGAUUCUCUAGAAGAAGUUAUUCAAACCGCAAUCGCAAAGAAGAUGCGAAUCUUUUGCCUCUCAGAACAUAUGCCAAGACACAAUGAGGAUUUAUACCCCGAGGAGGUCGGGACUGUCACCCUUGACACGAUGUUAGAGAACGAAGCUCUGUAUUUCAAAGAAGCCACCCGGCUUCGGGAGAAAUACCAGGACAAGCUGAAUAUUCCAAUUGGAUUCGAGUGUGAUUGGAUUCGUCCACCCUCCUUAGAGCUAAUCAAGAGCUCUCUGGAUAAAUACCCAUUUGAUUUUUUCAUUGGCUCUGUCCACCACGUACAUACUGUUCCGAUAGACUACGACAAAGAACUCUAUUCUCAGGCCAGGCAGCUGUCAGGUGGUACAGAUGAGAAACUAUUCGAAGACUAUUUCGACAGCCAGUACAAACUGCUGGUGGAGCUUAAACCUCCGGUUAUUGGUCAUUUCGACCUCAUUCGACUCAUGAGCGAUGACCCCAAUGGAAGUUUUCAGCAGUGGCCUCAAAUCUGGCAGAAGAUUUUGAGAAAUCUUGAUUUUAUUGCCGGAUAUGGCGGAAUAAUGGAGCUGAAUUCUGCGAGCUUGAGAAAAGGGAUGACAGAGCCAUAUCCCAAGGCCGAGAUUUGCAAGGUAAGACCGAAAUUCUAUGGGUUGCCCCCUACAGCAAGCUUAGUAGUUAUUCAGGAGUUUCAAGCUCGAAACGGCCGGUUUUGUUUAUCUGACGACAGCCAUGGAAUUCAUCAUGUGGCACUGAAUUAUCACCGUGUAUAUGAUUUCUUGAAAUCUACCGGUAUCAACACUAUUCAUUAUCUGAAAUAUGAGCCCGGUUCGACGACCUCCGAUUUUGAUACGCGGUUUCCCAAUGUUAGAGUUGAUUCUGCUGGGGUUGAAGAACUAGGGAAAGAACCAUUCUGGCAGCUAAUUGCAUAG